AUGAAGUUCACUCUGGACCUGGGGUCGCGGACGUGGAGGGUGUCCUGGGAGCGGGCGGCUGGUGAGGUCGCGCGUGGUGGCGCGCGAGGCGGCGGCUCUCCGCGCCUCUCCAGCCCUCGCCCAAGCCUCCGGGGCUCUGGGCUCCCGCUCGCCCUCGCCCUCCCUCUAUGCCUCUCAGGCAGCCGGGACGCCCAAGCUCUGACGGACCGCGGCGGGCCCAGCCCCCGGCGUCCCGGCGCCAGGCAGCCGGCUGGCCAACGCACCAUGGAACAGACUUACGGCGAAGUGAACCAGCUGGGAGGCGUCUUCGUCAAUGGCCGUCCUCUGCCCAACGCCAUCCGUUUGCGCAUCGUAGAAUUGGCUCAGCUGGGUAUCCGACCCUGUGACAUAAGCCGGCAGCUGCGCGUGUCCCAUGGCUGCGUGAGCAAGAUCUUGGCGCGCUACAACGAGACCGGCUCCAUCCUACCAGGAGCUAUUGGGGGCAGCAAACCUCGCGUCACCACCCCGAACGUGGUCAAGCACAUCAGGGACUACAAGCAAGGUGAUCCUGGCAUCUUUGCCUGGGAAAUCCGCGACCGGUUGCUGGCCGAUGGCGUCUGUGACAAGUACAAUGUACCUUCAGUGAGCUCCAUCAGCCGCAUCCUGAGAAAUAAGAUCGGUAGCCUUGCGCAGCCGGGUCCCUUCGAAGCGAGCAAGCAGGCGCCACCUCAGCCAGCGCUGCCCUACAACCAUAUUUACCAGUAUCCCUACCCCAGCCCCGUGUCUCCCACGGGCACUAAAAUGGGCAGUCACCCUGGAGUCUCAGGCUCCACAGGCCACGUCAGCAUCCCCCGUUCUUGGCCCUCGGCGCACUCGGUCAGCAACAUCCUGGGCAUCCGGACAUUUAUGGAGCAAACAGGGGCCCUGGCUGGGAGCGAAGGCACAGCCUACUCCCACAAGAUGGAAGACUGGGCCAGCGUGAAUCGUACCACCUUCCCGGCCACCCAAGCAGUGAAUGGGCUUGAGAAACCUGCCUUGGAGGCGGAUAUUAAAUAUCCUCAGUCUGCCGCAAGCCUCUCAGGGGUGGGCAGCUUCGUUCCGGCCUGCACCUACCCAGCGUCCAACCAGCACGGUGUGUACAGCGCAUCAGGUGGCGCUUACCUCGCCCCAGGUCCGCCUUGGCCACCUGCGCAGGGCCACCCGCUGGCACCCUCUGGGGCCAGUGUGGCCAUGCACAGUGGGGAGCUCGCUGCAGCAAUGACGUUCAAGCAUCCCAGCCGAGAAGCGGCAGACCAGAAGCGGCCCAGCCCGGGAACCAAGGCCUCUGGUGCCCUUGGGAGCUUCCAGGGACUACCCAUCCCGGCCUCCACUGCCUAG